GAGAAGUACAUGAAGCGAUGGGACGAUCAGGUUCGCAGCCUUCCGGAUCUAUCAAAUAUCCAGCGCGUAAACGUAUUCGACUUCGACAACACACUCUUCCAGACACCGUUGCCAAAUACACAUGACCUUUGGGAUGGAGCCACAAUAGGCAUGAUUUUUUCGGAUAGUGGCUUUGGCGGAAAAGGAGGAUGGUGGCAUGACCCACGUAUUCUGGCCGCCACUGGAGAAGGGCCAGACGUGGAGGAGAAACGUGCAUGGGAGGGACACUGGAAUGAAGACGUCGUCGACCGAGCACGAAGCUCCAUGGCGGACAAACAUGCCUUGACGGUGCUCCUAACAGGUCGAGGACGCAAGCGGUAUACGCCGCUCUUAUCAAGAAUAUUGAACUCGAAGCAGCUUGAGUUCGAUGUCAUCUCGCUAAAGCCGUCUAUGCCAGUGGAACAGUUCGAGAAUACCCUUGAGUUCAAGAAAGCUUUCUUGGCUGAUACACUACGCACAUUUCCGAAAACGCAGUCAAUAAAGGUUUAUGAAGACCGGCCGCAUCAUGCAACGGCAUUCCGCGAGUUCCUCGAGGGGGAAGCAAUUGUACAAAACUCGGUAGGGAAGGAGCCACUGGAAGUCGAGGUGAUCGAUGUUCCACCAACUACGAGGUAUUUGCCAAAGGAAAAGGAGAUUGAGCUUAUUCGGUCUAUGGUUAAUGACAACAACCGUGAGGCUGCCUCUCCGUGGGACGAACUGCACGUGUGGAAAGGUCGAGUUUUGUUCACCGGCUACCUCCUGACAUACGAGGACAAGCAACAUCUGCUGAAGCAUUUCGCACCGCCGGCAAUCCCAGAAGGGGAUCCGGGCAGAUGGUCCACAUAUGCCGACCACAUCACCAUAACUCCCAAACAUGCACAUCCCAAUUGGCUAUUGAAGAAAUCAGGUGGAUUGGGGUAUCAAUUGGAGUUCGAGACCGUGGCUAGGGGUUUAAUCAAAAACCGGGUAUUCGCUGUCAGAGUGGAACCCGUCGACGAGAAAGCACCAUUCUACACAGUUAACAAGCACGCUCACCUCACAAUCGCCGCACGGCGUGAUCUCGACGCAAAGCCCUUCGAAUCGAACACUAUCACACAUUGGGAGGAAAUCCCACAAGAAGAAAGACUAAGAUUCGUUGGAACAGUUGGAGAGAAGGUCUUCUGGAGCGUGAAUGAGGGAACGAAACCAACUCAUCAGACACACGGUUUCAGGAAGAGAUUUGCAUUAGAAGUACAGGAGGAACAAGCACUCCGGAAGAAAUCGUUUGCAGAAAGAAUACAGCAGGAAGGGGAAAGUCCCAUACGUCCACGUAAUGGAGAGCAUGGAGGUGAAAGAGGAGGACAGAGAGGAGGAUUUAGAAGAGGACGUGGAGGCCGCGAGGGUGGAAGAGGAGGAUCAAGGGGAGGGUUCGGAGGAGGGCCAGUGCGGUUUAGAGGACGGGGUCGUGGUCGUGGUCGUGGGUCUGAAGAUGGCGGAGGGCCUGCCGAGAGCUGGACACCUCGGAUGCCACCUAAAGAUAGACCUCUGACAUGAUCCAAUGAUCAACAAGAUUACGAAUAUAUGAGUGAAGUUCUAAUUGUCCCAUUCAUUACUAUACAAAAAGUGAAAUUAACCCGUAUUAAAAAACCAAAAACGCCAAACAAUAACAUACAUCCUAGGUUCUUCC